UGGCAUAUAUAGAAUUUAAACUUUCUCUCAGAAGUAUAUAGUAGAGCUAAAGAAGACGACAACUAACCAAGGGUCAUCUGAAAUUGUAAUUGGCUCACUAAUAAUCCCAGGACAAAGUUAGAGAUCACAACUCAAGCAUAAGAUUGCUACGAAGAUGUUUGAUAUAAAGGCUUGGGCUGAGUAUGUUGUGGAGUGGGCCGCAGAGGACCCAUAUGGUUUCCUUACAACAGUUAUUUUGGCCCUUACUCCAUUGUUUCUAGCAAGUGCUGUACUGUCCUGGAAAUUGACCAAGAUGAUUGAGGCCAAGGAAAAUGAGCAAAAGAAGAAACAAAAACGUCAAGAAAAUAUUGCAAAAGCUAAACGACUAAAAAAGGACUGAAGGAAUGAACAGGCUCUGCAACCAGAGGAAAAUCAUUUGGAAAAUUAUGCAGCUUU